AUGAGGACAACGACAUUCCUCCUCCCAGUAGUCUUCCUCUCAUCAGCCCUGGCCUGGGGUCGAAACGGAGGCAAUGGCAGCGGCAAUACAAAGUCGUCUAUCAACAACAAUAGCCAGGAAUUUGCGUUGCCUGCCGAAAACCGUCGUUAUGAUUACAAGCAGUCGUUGAAGAAGCCCUUUACUUAUAAUGGCGUCAUGCCCUUCUGGAGCAACCACGGCAACAGCUUUGUGGCACCAGACUUUGUGAGGUUGUCGCCAUCGGUCCCGGGACUCAAGGGCUCAGUCUGGAGACAGACACCAAACGAGUACAAGGAAUGGGAGGUCGAGUUUCAGUUCAAGGCCUUCGGACAGGGUCAAACUGGAGGCAAGGGUCUUGCCUUUUGGUACACUCAGGAACGUGCUAUUGAAGGAAACGUUUUUGGUAGCAAGGACCAGUGGAAGGGACUUGGCGUCUUCAUGGACACCGCCGAUCCUGCCAACCAGAGAAACAACCCAGUCAUAUACGGGAUAAUGAAUGAUGGCACAAAGCCCUUCCCAGCAAACCCAACAGCAAACACCAAUAGCUUUGGCGGAUGUCUGCGCGACUACAAGAACACCCACAUCCCUGUCGUUGUCCGCGUCUCAUUCAUCGACGGUGUUCUUAAGGUCUCGGCCGACACCCAUUCCAGGGGCAAGAAGAUGAUGCCCUGUUUUGAACAAAAGGACCUCAACCUCCCCGUUGGAUACCACUUUGGCAUCUCUGCUCAGUCUGCGGACCACGGAAACCCUGAUGACCAUGAUCUGUACGCGUUUGAGGUCUACGAGGUCAACCCUCCCAUGAAGGAAAAGGCGCCACUGAGACCACAUGAGGCAGAGAUGAAGAAGAAGGGCGAGGAGGUUAAGGUCGACCUUGCCGACCAGGCUGCGUUUGAAGAAGUGCAGAAGAUUGUCGAGGAGCAGGAAGCCAAACUCAAGGAAGAAACCGAAGGCACCGGCAACCUCUCUCCCGCACAGGUGGCGGCGACAGUGGGGGAUACGCAGUACAGGAUCAUCGAAUCGCUCAACAGCAUCCACAACAAACUCGAGACACUAGGCGCACCAAUGCAACCCCCAGAAUCGUCUGCAAAAUCCCUCGAAGACAUCAACCACAAGAUUAACUCCAUGGCGGCUUCCCUGCACGCAAUGGAAUCGGUUGUCCAGGGACUCGUCGACCAUAUCAUGGCCCAAGGCGGGAUUGCAUCGGGUCCGGAUAUUUCUAAAGUGUUGAAGGAGGAGUUGUCGAAUUUGAAUGCAAAGAUGGAGGAUAUGGAUUCAAGACAGUCGUUCCAGCAUCGGUUGACUCAGAAUCGGCUUUUGAAUUCGACUUCUUGGGUGAGUUAUGUGGUUUUCUUGAUUCUUGUGCAGGUUGUUGCGGUUUCUGCAUAUACUUGGUACAAGAAGCGUUUAGAGAUGAACGAGAAAAAGUUCUUGUAA